AUGAUGACUCGAAGCCACUGUUAUUGCUUUAUUACCAUCUUUUUCACCCUCCUACUUCACACUCUUGCUUCUCCUCCGCACCACUUUUGCAAGGAGGACCAGAGGGAUGCUCUUUUGGAAUUCAUAGCCGAGUUUCCAACUGGUGAGAGUUACACAUGGAAUAAGAGCAGUGAUUGCUGUUUUUGGGAAGGUGUCACAUGCAAUCAUAGAUCUGGACAGGUGAUAUCACUCGACCUUUCUUACACUCUUCUCAACAGCUCUUUAAAAACUAAUAAUAGUCUCUUUAGACUCCGAUCUCUUCGUCACCUAAACCUCAUGGAUUGUAAUCUUCGAGGAGAGAUUCCUUCUUCGCUAGGAAACCUUUCUCGUCUCGUCGAACUUGAUCUUUGGGAUAAUCAUUUGGUAGGUGAAGUUCCGGUUUCCGUAGGAAAUUUAAACGAGCUAAGGGUCUUGUCCCUCGGUGGCAACAAGUUAAGUGGCAAUUUUCCUAUUAUUUUCGCCAAUUUAACGAAGCUUUCCUUUUUGGGCCUCAACUUUAAUAACUUCACAUCCACGCUUCCAGUAAACAUGAGUGAAUUCAUCAAUUUGGAGUAUUUCAAUAUCAAUGAAAACUCAUUUUUUGGACCUUUUCCUAAGUCCUUGUUCUUGAAUCCUUUGUUAGAGUCUGUUGAUUUGGGAAGAAAUCAGUUCACAGGACCUUUUGAAUUUCCAAAUACAUCUUCACUAUCAUCUAAGCUUCAGUUUCUAAACCUUGCCAAUAAUAGAUUCGAUGGCCCAAUCCCAGAAUCCAUAUCAAAAUUUCUGCACCUCAGCCAAAUAUAUCUUAACCACAAUAAUUUCAGUGGGUCAAUCCCUAGAUCUAUAUCAAAGUUAGCCAACCUCACAGAUUUGCAUCUUUCCAACAACAUGUUGAAAGGUCGAGUACCAGGUUUCUUAUGGAGAUUGCUAGCUGUGACACUUUCUCACAAUUAUUUCAGCAGUUUUGCAAACCCUUCAAAAGACCCACUUAUUCAAAUGUUGGAUUUGAGUUCAAAUUCAUUCCAAGGACCAUUCCCCCAUUGGAUAUGCAAGCUCAAAAAGCUAAGCUUAUUAGAUUUGUCUAACAAUCUCUUCAACGGGUCGAUUCCCCCGUGCUUAAGGAAUUCUACUGUUUCUCUUAUAGACCUUAUUCUUCGUAACAACAGUUUCAGUGGAAUUAUUCCAGAUAUAUUUGCCGAUGCUACCGAGUUACAAUCAUUCGAUGUUAGUCGCAACCAUCUAGAGGGAAGUUUUCCAAAGUCCUUGAUCAUUUGCAAAGCCUUGCAAAUUGUGAAUGUGGAAAACAACAAAAUCAAAGACGAGUUUCCGUUUUGGUUGGGAUCUUUGCCAUCACUAAAUGUUCUCAUCCUCAGAUCAAACGAGUUCUAUGGGCCGUUGUAUCAUCCCCACAUGUCCAUUGGGUUUCAGAGUUUAAAGGUUAUUGAUGUUUCGCACAACGAAUUCACUGGAACUCUCCCAUCUCACUAUUUUUCCAACUGGCGUGAAAUGACCACAUCAAGCGAAGAAAUAGACCAGUACUAUUUUGCCAGCAUUGGUUAUACAACACCUUGGAACACUUAUCAUACUAUUUAUUAUGAAUCUGUUUAUCACUCGAUGGAAAUGGUGAAUAAAGGAGUUGAAAUGAAUUUUGAGCGGAUCCUAAAAGACUUCAGAGCCAUUAAUUUUUCUGGAAAUAGAAUUUCUGGCGAAAUUCCUGAAUCCAUUAGCUGCUUAAAGGAACUACGACUUCUCAAUUUGUCAAACAACAAAUUCAGAAAUGAUAUCCCACGAUGCAUAUCAAAUUUGAAAAAUCUUGAGACAUUGGACCUCUCUAGUAAUAACUUGUCAGGUCAAAUACCUCAAGAUCUUGGUAACCUCUCAUUUCUGUCAUACAUGAACUUCUCCCAUAACUUACUCCAAGGUCCAGUCCCACGAGGCACACAAUUCCAAAGGCAAAAAUGCUCUUCUUUCCUGGACAAUCCUGGACUCUUCGGGCUCGAAGAAAUAUGUCAACAAACCCAUGUCCCCAAUCCUACCUCCCAUCAAUCUGAGGAACUGUCAGAGGCAGAGGAACAAGUGCUCAACUGGAUUGCAGCUGCAAUAGCCUAUGGACCUGGUUUAUUAUGUGGAUUGGUUAUGGGGCAUAUCUUCACUUCACACAAUCACCAAUGUUGGUUCGCAGAAAGGUUUGGUCGAAGAAAAAUCAGAGUCGUCACAAGUGUUCGUUAAUCUCAUCUCUUGCAGUUGCUCUAUGAAUCUGUGAAGCAUAUGUUCUUGUUCGUGUUUGUACUGAUUUUCCAAGGAGUUUUCUCCAAAAGACUCGUUUGUAGGAGAUCUAAGCAACGUUCUGUUUAAUGUUUUUGUAAUAAGUCUUUUAAUUGUAUUUGAAUAUAUACUUUCAUUUGCAGUUC